CAAGAGUUUAAAACCCUGUUUUCAUAAAUUAAUAAAUUUUUUGAAUGUUGGCUUACUUAUUGUUCCCAACCUGGCAACCAUGCACACACACUCUCCACAUUAUGGAAAAAGCACUCAUGAGCUGAAAAUACCUGUAAAACAUGUAAGCUGGAAUAUAAAGUAAACGUGUAAUACAGGCAGUAUGUUUUCUUUCAUGCAGUUGUUUACUAAAUCUGCAGGCAAACCAUGCGAGUUGACCUUCUCUUAAUUUGUGCAAAUGUGAAAUUGCAAUAAUUCUGAUUAAAUGUUAAAAAAUUGUUAAGAUUUUUAACCAUUUUCAUGCAGCUCUAGAUUAUCAUCAGCUUUAAACAUGAACUUUGCAUGUGUAUGUUAGUAUGCAUCGGUGUCUGUUCUUAUAUAGGUGGUGAACUACAGCGAGUCCCGAACGGCGGAGGAAAUCUGCGAGAGUGCCUCAAAAAUGAUCACCUUCAUAGACCUGGCAGGCCACCACAAGUACCUCAAGACCACCAUCUUUGGCUUAACCAGCUACUGUCCAGACUUUGCCAUGCUCGUGGUCAGCGCCAACACCGGCAUCGCGGGGACGACUCGAGAGCACCUGGGUCUGGCCAUGGCGCUGAAGGUGCCCAUCUUCAUUGUGGUGAGUAAGGUGGACCUGUGCGCCAAAGGCACCGUGGAGCGCACCGUCCGACAGCUCGAGCGCAUCCUCAAGCAACCGGGCUGCAACAAAGUGCCCAUGCUGGUGUCCUCCACAGACGACGCCGUCACUGCCGCCCAGAAGUUUGCACAGUCACCCAGGUACAGAGUGAAACGGAAGACACAGCCGUGA